UCACCGAAGUUAUAAAUAAAUAUUUAUUUGUUCAUUUUCAAAUCAUAAAUCACUUUCUUAUAGUCCUUUAGUGCUAUCAUGUUUGUGUUCACCAAACUAAUUAACUGUAACAGUGCCACAAGUAAAACUAAGGUUUAUAAACCGUUGAAAGUGCUAGAGGAAGCUCGAUUUCAAUGAUACUCCUACUUCCCGGUAAAAGAAAGAAGUCUUUAUCAAAUAAUGAGUCAACAUAAGUUCUGGAAAGGGAUCACACCAUUGAACAUCUCUUCUUCGCAGCAAGUACCUGAAAAAAUCGUGAAACUUUGUUCCUUGGGCAGUGACUUCAUUGUUCUAGGAAAUGACCAUGGUCUGUAUCACUGCGACAUUGAAGAAGAUUGUUUAGUAUUUAGGAAAAUAGGUGGCAUUUCCGCUAUCGACAUAUCAUAUCACGGCGAUGUUCUUUACGUAAUAGACGUGCAUGGACGUAUCUACAAGACGAAUUCUACUUUCAAAAGUAAAGAAGAGAUCGUCGUGAAAGAAGACGCGAAGUGUUGCCCUCACGGCUUCAAAAGUUCCAGUUACAAAGUGAGGUUUAGGAACGUGGUGUCAAGUGAUUUUGGGCAACUAUUUAUCAGCAGCGAUGGGCAACUCUGGGGCUGCGGUGUUAUGCCCCAAAUAGGAUUAGAUACUAGUAGCAUUAAGAAAGUUCUAUUUUUCGAAGGCCGGACAGUGUACAGUGCGUCAGUUGGGCAGAAUUUUGCAGCAGUGAUAGCUAGGAAAAACGUGAAGCGGUCGGGGAACUGUGACACUGAGAGUGAUAAUGAUGAUGAGGAGGUGUUUGCGUCAAAUUGCUCACAAUGCCAGACAAUAAUAGGCCUAGCUUCCCCUGCGUCUGUGCCGUCCCUCUCAGAAACCUGCCCCUUAGGAGUACAGAUCAGCAAGUCCAGUGAGGACUCCAGUAGUACAACAGCCCCUCAAACUGACGUCCAUGUUGAUGCUCAUAGUUUUACUGAAGAUUCUAGUCCCUCAUCAGAAGAGUCAAAAAUUGCAAGGAGUAAUGCCACUGAAAAAAUCACUGAUAUUGAACCUGACAGUGUGGAAACCAAGUCACAUGAUGAUGAUGAUGAAAGCACUGAAAAAGAUAAUGCAAGUACCCAUGAGAGCACAGAGAAAAUAAACAAUAUUUUUAUAAACACAGAUGCAGCUAGACAGUUCCUUAGCAGGCAGUUGUCAUGGGUUUCUGCUGGAGAAGAUUAUUUAGUGGAAUAUACUGAAAAACCAACAAGAAUCAUCAAGGAGAAUGUUUCAAAUCUAACCAACUUUGUGUAUGAAGGUGUGAAGACAGUGGGUGACAAAGUGGCAACCUUAUCUAGACACGUCAGUGGCAGUAGUGAAAACAAUGAAGUGGUAGAACUACAAAAUAGGCACAACAAUGAAGAAUUCAAUUCUCUAAUGUAUAGCUGCGCUUCAAACUGUAAUAUGGACGAAUUACAGUUCUCUACAAGUACAAUAAGCAGUGAAAAGGAGUUUGAGGCAGCCAGAAAGAAUGAAAACCUCAAAAACAUGUCAAAACUUGGUAAAAAUAUUUUAGCAACUGAACUGUGGACCUGGGGAGACAUAUCAUAUGGACAGUUAGGUAUAGGUGACACAGUCAAGAGACUGAAGCCAAUGGUUGUUAUGAGCUUAUCUGGUUUUGGACUUCAGAAAGUUUCUUGUGGUAAGUGGCAUUGCUCAGCGCUCACCCUUGAUGGCCGCCUAUUCCUCUGGGGCUACAACCAUUUCCAUCAAGUCAGCUUUGAAUCUAGAGAUGACAAAAGUGGCCCCAAGAAGUUUACUGAAAAUUCAGAUAGUGAUAGAGUGAGAGACAUGAUUGCUACUGACCAUCACACACUUGCUUAUACACACAAUGAAAACAUUUUCUACAUGGGAAAACAUACUGAAGGUUACACAGAAACCAUUGUGAAUUUGAACAAGAAUGCAGAGAAUGAGGAGAUUAAAGAAAAUGGCAAAGAUCUGGCUGUGAAAAUAACUGAGCCCCAAGUGUACAUAAAUAAACCCCAGAAUAUGUGUUACCAUUGGAGAAUUUUGUCUUCUGGUAACAUCAGUUAUUGUUCUCUUGAAGAGUCCAUGAAAUGUCCAGAAUUUCAGGACUUAUCUAUUGCUCAAAGGUAUUUAGAGGAGAUGCUGUUAAUAUAUCAUUCCCUCAUCAAGCCCUUUUUAAAAAAGAGUAAAGUAAUUACUUCACAUUCCAUUAUAUACGAAACUGUUUGUGAUAUUUUUAGUGACAUUUUGAAUACAACUGCCCUGAAUGUGCUCUCGAUGUGGCAAUACGCAGAGAAGCACAUCAAUGAAUGUGAUAUUUCUUUAAUAAAAAAUUUAGAAGAGUAUAUUUAUUUGUACAGAAAGUAUUAUGUAGCUGUAAGCAAUUUGAUUGUUAUCGGAGGUUUUUCUAACAUUAACAAUAUAGUUGAUGUUCCAAAUAGUAUUUAUAAUUUAUUUAGUGAUCAACUCCCAUCAAACAAGCAGAAAAACAACAAAAAGACUCUGGAAGCCAUAGUAGCACUUGCUUUUGUGCAGCCAUUAACAAGAUUGAGCUCCUACAAGUGUAUAGCUCAGUCUCUUUUGAGAUAUAAAUCGCAAAGGAAAAAGGCCGAUGCCAAAACUAAUAUCGACGAUCGAUUGAACAAAGUAAUCUCGUCUUUGGAUACUCUGAUAGAGGAACAAGAGAAGAAACGGAAAGAAGCGGACUUGACGAAGCUAUUUUGGGAGAGCAUAGGGAAAUCUCUGGAACAGUACAGGACUCCAGAACGUCGUCUAGUCAGGGAAUCUAAGUCUCGUCUUCUCAAUCUGGUGAACCCUGGCAGGUUUUCGUCGCAUUGGUUCAUUUUAUUCAAUGACUUGUUCAUUCAUGUGGUUGGCAGUACGCCCAACGUCCACCCCUUGGACACACUAUGGGUGGAACCUAUUCAGAACACAGACUCCGUACAGAAUGCUAUACAGUUGACAACACCCGAGGAGAUUCUCUCUGUUUCCACGAGUACCGAGCAGGAGAAAACGGAAUGGAUACAUGCGUUAAACUUGUCCAUAAGGUCUGCUUUGAACAAGGAGUCGAACUUCAAACCGCCGCCGGCUAGGACGGCGAGCUACACCUUUUCGAGCAAAAAUGUCUUCUACAAAGAUGCGCAGUAUAGCGGUCGGUGGUUAGACGGCAAGAUACAUGGUAGCGGCAAAGUGGAAUGGCCUGAUGGCAAGCUUUAUGUGGGCCAGUUCCAAAUGAAUUCCUUGUGUGGUCAUGGGAAGAUGGAAAUGCCUAGCCAAGGAAUCUACGAAGGCCAAUGGAAGGACAAUCUCCAGAAUGGCUACGGUGUGAUGCGCUACACAAAUGGCGACAUAUACGAGGGGUAUUUCAAAGACGGCCAGCCCCACGGUCACGGGAUAAAAAAGCAGGGGGAUUUUACGUCAUCCUCUGCUACAAUUUACACUGGGGAAUGGGUGAACGGGGCGAAACAAGGAUAUGGAGUCAUGGACGAUAUAGGAAAAGGGGAGAAGUAUUUGGGCAACUGGAGUGACAAUAAGAAGCAUGGAUGCGGCCUCAUUGUGACCUUGGACGGCAUAUACUAUGAAGGUCUCUUCAUGCAGGAUGUUCUCACGGGUCACGGAGUAAUGGUCUUCGAAGACGGUACCCACUACGAAGGGGAGUUCCGCUCAGCCGGUGUUUUCUCCGGGAAGGGAAUCCUGACCUUCUCUAGCGGGGACAAAAUAGAGGGCUCCCUUAGCGGCGCCUGGACUGAAGGCGUCAAGAUAUCCAACGCGACUAUGCACCUGAACGUGUCGAACCCUGCCCUGCCGGCUAAUUCUAAACCUAAUUCCUUCGGCAAGCUCAGUGUAGCUCCAAACCAAAAAUGGAACGCUCUCUUCCGGCAAUGCUUCCAAUGCCUGGGAGUCUCUGAGACCAUCCUGACCCCAACCGGCAACCACUUCGCAAACGGUCCAGCCGGACCUACCAUAGACAACGCGAAGAUCUGGCAGAAUGUAGCUGUAGCUAUAUCCUGCUCGCAUAAAGAGAAGCAUAAUAGAACCCCAUCCAAAAGUAGUAGGAGCAGCGAUAUUGAAAAGUCGGUGGAUUGUUUGGAGGUUAUCCCGAAGUUUGGACAGAAAACGCUCAAUUUGGACGACUAUACGGAACUGAGAUUGUAUUUGCAAAAUGCCUGCGAAUCGUCGCACCAUCCGUUAGGCCAGCUAGUCCUAAGCCUAACUAACGCAUUCAACACCACAUACGGAGGCGUCCGCGUUCAUCCGCUACUCCUAAGCCACGCGGUCAAAGAACUGAAGAGUAUCACCUCGAGGCUAUACCAAGUUGUGAGGCUAUUGUUCCCGGCGUUACCACCAGAGGGCACUGAUGUGGUUCUAGCUUAUAGGACGGAGGGAAUGGAAGAGGAGGUUUAUAGUGAAGACAGCAAUCCUAUUGAUGGCGAAGUAAUAUCAGCGGCCUCGCUACUCCAACCAACGUUAUUACCCCGAGUUCAUCCUGCCCUGUUUGUUCUGUAUGCCCUUCAUAACAAGAGGGAAGACGAUCUUUAUUGGCGACGACUGCUCAAGUGGAAUAGGCAGCCGGAUCUGACCCUUAUGGCGUUUUUGGGAAUUGACCAAAAGUUCUGGGUAGGCUACAAAGGCCACAACCCCUCGUCGCCUCCGUACUCGCCCGUCAAAGAGCAGCUGUUCCAAGAAGCUGUGGAGACUCUGCAGCAGCUCAAGACCACCUUCUCGCCCAUUGAGAAGCUGCUGGUCAUCAGAACUACCUUCCAGAAGAUGACCACAGCUGUUCAGCAAGAGCUUGGUUCAAACUACCUCUGGAGUAUGGACGAAUUGUUCCCGGUCUUCCAUUUCGUAGUGGUGCGCGCGCGCGUCUUACAACUCGGCUCGGAGAUACACUUCGUGGAAGAUUUCCUCGAGCCCGCCGUGCAGCACGGAGAACUGGGCCUUAUGUUCACGACUCUAAAGGCAUGCUACUUCCAAAUACUUCAAGAGAAGAUGUCGAUCAACUAGUAGAAAAAUAAUUAUGGCUCGAAACGCAAUGAUCUCGCAAUACGUAAUGGUGCGUUGUAUUAAGUCUGUUCAAUACAAUUCAAUGAAAAUUUCAAGGAAUUGGGAAUUUUAAAAGCUACUUUAUUUAAUUGAAAAAAAAGACCUUCUUUUUAAUUUCUUCCAUUCAGACAUUUUGAUGUCGAAUUCUUAUUUUUCCAUGUCUUACCUUCAUAAUAUCUUUUUGGUUUUUUAUUGGAUUUUCAUGGAAUUUUAUGGGACAGGUAUUAUAGUUAUUAGCUUUCGCAAUAAUUUGCCGAUUUACAUACGCUAGGUGUUCAUUAAAUUAGGCGGAAAUUACUAUACAUAUAUUGUUAGCUUAUUACUAGUAACUAAAAUGUCUACAUUAUAGAAUGAAAGAUAAAGUAUAUAGGGAUGAAUUUUCCAAAUGUAUGGGAAACUAUGAGAAAUAGAAAUUUAAUAACUGAAACUU